CGGCUGUUCUGGUGCGUCCUGGUGCAUCCCUGGCUGCGUGUCGUGGUGCGGCUGCUCGUUCAGCCAUGCAAGACAUCUCACCCAGCGCUUCGACAACGGGGCAGUACAUCAUCCUUGGACUGGCGCUCGUCGUGCACAUCUAUGUCGCCCAGGCCUUCUUCCGGAGGCUGCACUGGCCACCAAAAGUCAAUCAGGCCAACGCAUUGUUCUUCCUCGUGGUCGCGGUGGCAAUACCGAUAUCCCAAAUCACUACGUGCUUCUAUGUUCAGGCCCAAACCGCAACUGUAAAUGGUACAGCCGACCCCACGACGAUCCAGUACUUUACUGCCUGGAGCAAGUUUGCCAACUUCUUCAUUGGGCUCUAUGGCCUUACCACCGUGCACCUAUCCCAUCUGGUCCUCAUUCUGAUGAAACCCGUGGCUCCGUAUCAUGAUCUCUGGGCAGUGGCACAAGUUCUCUAUGCUGCGUUUAUCUAUCUUUCGUGGCUAAGCUCAAGCGGAAUCAUUCUAUACACACUCAGGAAGUGCCAUAAAGUCCUGCGGGCAAGCAUGGACGACCCAAGCACGAAAAAGCCUCCGAGCAAAUGUGCAAGUGGUGUGGAUAUGCUCAAGGGGGUGGUAUCCAAGCUCCCGGAAACGCGGAUUGUCUUUGCAAUCCUGUUACUGAUUAGGCAAGUGUCAAUCCAACAGCGGCCCAGUGCCCAGUCGGUAUCGAAGCGCCAACGGCGGAGGGACGGACUAUUGUUACCCAAACCAGCAUUUGGCCGAGAUCAUCUCGAGGGCUGCAUAUUGUAUACUGGCGCCAAAUGCAUGGACGCAAUGUUCGUGAUGGCUGAAUGUCUGUGAUGACCAGCAUCACAACGGACCAAUGAGAUUGUCCCGCAUGCUCUCGCCCUCCGCACCAAUCAUGAGUCCCCACGUG